GUGUGCAGAGGGUCCCUGGUUCGCGCCCGGGUAUGGGCGAGGGGACGGUCUAAAAUACUUCGUUACCCAAAAAAACUACUUAUGUACAGUAUCUGCACUUUACUUUACUAUUUAUAUUUCUGUCAACUUUUACCUCACUAUAUUUAUUUUUUUAAGUCCACUUUUACUCCAAUAUGUUUCCCUUGACCUUGUUUACUCGUUACAAAAUCAAACCAAUCUGAAACUGGAAAAAAAAUGAAUCAUGUUGAAAAAAAGAUGCAAGCAACAUCGAGUCGGCACACUCAUGGGUGAAACUUGUUUUGCUAGGCAGCAGGUGACGGCAUGCAGAGUUGAUCCAAUCCUCAUCAAUUUGGGCAAAUCCAAGGGUCCUAGAGUGUAAACCCUAUCCACCGGGAGCCUGUCACUUGCUAAACUGUAAUCCACUCAGCAGCACUUUGCCCAAGCGUGUCCAAAAUCACACAAUCAUGUCCGGCAUCGCUCUACCACCAUCUCCUGAUGAGGACGAUCAUGUUUUAUUUUCUUGGAAUGAUGGAUUCAUCCUACUGGAUGAAAUGUCUUAUGUUUACCAAAAGUUCAGGAAAUACUAGCGUUCAAGACCUCGCCAUCGAACCUAAAACACAAUUAGAGAGAGCAUGUACACCAUCUUAAGAAGUAUGUAGAACUGACAGCAAACGUACUGAAGAGAGAACAUGCCCUUAAGACUCCCUCCACCAUCAAGCAGAGCACAUUGCUGAAGAAAGUGUUUCAAAAAUCGACAAAGCUGUGAAUGGGCAUCUUUUGGUGAAUUAUCAACUGUUUGACCAGGAUAUAAAAAACAGAAGAGAAUCACAGGUGAUUUGAGGAGUUCAUGACCACAUAACUCAAGGGCAUUGACAGACUUGCCUCUACACUAACGAUGACUCUAUAAGACACAGUACCAGUACCUGCAUUAGAGAGCCACUAUACCUUUGAUCCUGGCAUGGAGGACGUGACGGAGGUGCGUACGGAUGGGAACUCUCUACUCAAGGCAGUGUUCCUGAGUCGACUGCGUCUGACACGCCUGCUGCUGGAGGGAGGGGCUUACAUCAACGAGAGCAACGAGCGCGGUGAGACGCCCCUCAUGGUGUCGUGCCGGACACGCCACACGGACGCACAGAGCGUGCCCAAACACAAGAUGGUUCGGUACUUGCUGGAGAGUGGUGCUGACCCAAACAUCCAGGAUAAGGCCGGUAAGACUGCUCUGAUGCAUGCGUGUCUGGAGCAGGCCGGAGUGGAUGUCCUCUCUCUGCUGCUGGGGAGUGGAGCCGACCCCAGUCUGAACGACCACUCUGGCUCCUCAACUUUGGUCUAUGCUGUCAAUGCUGGGGACAAGGAGGCCCUGAGAGUUCUACUGGAUGCCUGCAAGGCCAAGGGCAAGGAGGUCAUCAUCAUCACCACGGACAAGCUACCUUCGGGAUGCCAGAUGACCAAGCAGUAUUUGAACGUGCCUCCACCGCCCGACCUGGAAGAGCGCAUGCACUGCACCCCUGGCUCGGCCACCUGCUGCAUGUCCCCCUCAGACAUACAGCUCCGCACCCCUCCACAGGGUUCCCCCGCCAUCACCUCCCCCCACCCAGGGAGCCCCCUCUUGGGCCUCAGAGAGCACCAGCACCACCAGGGUGGUGGAAGGGGAACCACCAUCUCUAGUUCUACUGGUUCUGAUUCUUCUCAGCCAGGCUCCCCAACCAGGGACCCUAACCUGUUACGAGGCCCCAGUCCUGGGGUGGUGAAGCUGCUCCAUGUCCAGCGGCUCCACUCAGAGCCUUGGCUGAAGAUCCCUCCAUCCCUGCUGCUGCAGCAGAGCAAGGCCUCUAGCCUGACCGAGGAGCUGCUGGACAUCACCCCAGAGGAGGAGCUCUCCUUCUGGGUCAACAGCUUGGCCGUCUCUGGGUCCGGAAGGGCUGGGCCCGGGGUACAUCCAACCCUCGCCCGUCACCAGAGCAUCGACGCCAAAGACUCCACUGGGCUGCUAAGGGCCUUGGAGCAGGUGGCUGGAAGUGAGGGAGGUGGCGGAGGACAAAGGAGAGGCCUGAGUAGGAAGAUGUCUUAUGACAGCGCUGCAGCUUUUUCCCACCCCAACCUCUUGCACCGGGGGGACGGAGGAGGCUGCCCCAACUGUCCCUGUGGCGUUCAUGAACCAGUCCUCUCAGUGGACAAAUCCUCCCUAGACUGCUGCCUCCCUAACCUGGCCGUGUCCAGCCUAAAGAAUGUAGUUCGCCGCCGCAACAUCGGUAUGGACCACUAUAGCUCUGACUCCCAGUUGCCCCAGUUCGGCCACAGCAGCCACCCAGAGUGUAAUGAAUCCCACAGAGGCAUAGGGGGUGGUGUAGGGGGAACUGAGAAGCGUAAGCUGGUCACCAGCCGGUCAUCCACCCUGUCAGGCUCCAGGGAGUCCCUGGAGAGCACUGCCCAGAGAAGGGGACCCGCAAACCUGGAGAGAAGAGGCUCGGGGGCCCUGCUCCUGGAUCAUAUCUCCCACACCCGGCCGGGAUACCUGCCUCCUCUUAACCCCCACGCACCCAUACCCGACAUCGGGGUCAGCCCCACCUCAACCUGCCCCAGCCUGAGUGGGAGCACCAAAGCACUGAAUCUGAAUGGGGGUGUUGUAGCAGGGCCGGGGUCAAAGCCUCUCGUCCCCUGUGCACCUUCCUUCCACAGGGAUCUGAAGUUUAAGACAUUGCUGAGAAGACACUCCAUGCAGACUGAGCAGAUUAAACAGCUUGUCAACUUCGAGGAGCUCUUCAUCCACUAAGACGAACGAUGCUAGCCCGGUCCCCAGGUUUGUUCGUGCCGUCUUGCUAACCCCAGGUCUAUAGUCAUUGUCACGCCUUGGCAAAACUGCCCAAACAGUUUUGGGACCAGACUAGAACGCUGCAUUUUCUUUGUGUGUCUGACUACUGUGUGCUCCGCUUCCUAUAUCAAGCUCUGUUGCUGCUGUGUGACCAUAACAUUGUUAACAAAGAACUUGUGCCUUCUUACCAGAAGUUUAUUAUUGCUCAUCCCAGCUUUUUCAAUGUGCUUAAUUAUACUUCCUUUGACAACCAGACUUGCAAUUCCAUCAAGCCCAGGAAGGAAUAGAGGAAUUACGAUCGGCGCAUCAGAACCAUCGGUAACACAACAGCUCUUCUUUGAUCAAUUGAUACAUUUAUAUCCGUUUGAAAUCUGAGUGCAGAAAUCUCAUGGUACUCCUCCUCAGGACAUCUAACAACAGACAGAGAUGCUUUUAACACAUGGAAUGAAGGAAUCCCAGGCCUUGAAUCCUAUAAGGACAAAAUAAUUUACUCUUCAAAGGGAAGGGGGACUGAGUCAUUCUCUGACUAAAUCAAUGACCGACUGAAAGCAAUGGAUUGGCAACACAGCACAAAUACAUCCGGGACAGGCUAACUCCUCUGACUGUGGAAGAUCUAAGUCACUAAGGAAAACAUUCAUACGUGUCAGUGAGAAAAACAAACACCAAAAAAAUGUAAGUAAGACCAUCAGGAUUCUUGAACACAAAGUGUUCAAGUAAGUUCAAGUAAGAAUGUCAGAGCAUUAUAUUUGCUGAGUGUUUUAUUCAACACGGCUGUUUUGUACACCAUUUGACGAGGUAGUUGUUGUAUUGCCUUUCACUUGUUCUGCUAAUAAACUGCUUUACUGCC